UUCUGAUAUCUCGAAUUUCAUUUGUUUUUACUAACAGCAGCUUAAACAUCUGAUCUUUAACCCCUUUAGAGUAGCCGCGGUACCUCGGUACUUGGAAUUCCCCUUCACGGCUGCUCCAAUCUAUGCUAAUACAUUUCGAGCCCCGUAGUCCACGCCAGUGAUAAAAUUAUAACCACAAAAUACAUGUAAUUCUGGUAGAUUACAGUUACAUUGCAUAAUUCAAUCGAGAAAAGAGAGAUAUCCAAGUAAAUCAAGACGUCAAGUCAGUAAUACGAUAUUAUUUUGAAAUGUAUAGGAAUUUUUCUAUACGGUAUUAAGCCAAGCCUAUUAGCCACUGUCGAUCGAGGGUCCCUACACCGUUUUAUACUUAGUUUAGUCGGAAGUAGAAAAGAGUUCCGACACCACCUGUGUGGGUGAAGCCAUGAGUUGUCCGUACAGCAGAAACUCUGACCUGGCACAGGAUGGAGAACAACUGGGUGAAGAAGCUGGAAUGCUAUAUGGCGAAUACCUGAUGCUUGACAAAAUUCUAGGAGCCCAGAGAAUGCUUGGAGUUGAGAAUAAAAACCCCGUACACGAUGAACAUCUGUUUAUAAUCACACAUCAAGGCUCUCACCACAAUUUAGUAAGCUUGAGUUUCAUACAAGCAGUGGUCUCAAGGAGAUUCAGUCAAUCGAUAAAAUAAAAUACAUAGGCGUAAUUUUGGACACACACUUAAAAUGGGAUGCCCAUACAGAGUACCUGGUGAAGAGACUGAGAUCGUACGAGCUUUGGUUCAAGCAAAUUAUAUUCGAGCUAGACUCAGUAAGAAACUUAUUCAGUGAUGUGCUGAAAGAACAUCAGACACUGGAGAUAUUGAAAAGGCUUAACAGAAUCGUUUUAAUUCUGAAGGUUCUGGUCGACCAAGUAAUGAUCUUAGAAACAAUGACGCCUUUGGACUUCAUGGAGUUCAGGAACUACCUACGACCUGCCUCAGGCUUUCAGAGUCUACAGUUUCGGAUGGUAGAAAAUAAACUAGGAGUCAGACAGGAGAACCGUGUCAAAUACAAUCAGAACUAUGCUAGAGUAUUUGGGAACAAUGAGGAAGCUAUACAAAAGAUAGAAUUGUCAGAGAAAGAGGAAUCUCUAGCAGACAUUGUCCAACAGUGGCUUGAAAGAACCCCAGGAUUGGAACACGAAGGCUUCAAUUUUUGGGGAAAAUAUAAGAAGUCUGUUGAAGUAUUACUGAAGGAGCAAGAAGUUCUAGCAACACAAGAAAAAACGGAAGCUCUACAACAGUACCGUCUAAACGAUCUGGCAAAACGCAGAGAAGUGUACGAGUCCAUUUUCAAAAAGGAAAUUCACGACGCUUUGGUAGCAAGAGGAGAACGAAGAUUUUCUUAUCUGGCUCUCCAGGGAGCGAUCAUGAUCACAUUUUAUAGAGAUGAGCCACGGUUCAGCCAACCACAUCAAAUCUUGACGUUGCUUAUGGAUAUUGAUUCACUCAUCACAAAAUGGAGGUAUAACCAUCUACUUAUGGUACAAAGGAUGAUAGGAUCUUCGCAGUUCGGAACUGGGGGUUCUUCAGGAUACCAGUACUUAAGGUCGACACUGAGUGAUAGAUAUAAGGUAUUCGUGGACCUCUUCAAUUUAUCCACUUUCUUGAUCCCGAGAUCGUACAUACCCCCCUUAACUCCGACAAUGAAGAGCCACCUCUGGAUGUGGGGAACGUCAGAAGGAAAUGUCGAAGAGAAUAAUAGAUCAAUAGGAAAAAAUAUAUAGGUAUUUUGAAUCUGCAUAUCACCUGUAAAAAGUUUGUUGCACAUAAUACCUCAUAUUUCAAAUGAAAUGAUAUUAUAGAAAAUAAACCUUUUAAUUACUA